GGCCCAAUUCAUUCCAAAAAUGAAUUGAUCGACGAAGAAGCCCCUACUUUACCAGAAGAUUUCAAAAUCCCUGAAAAUGCUCCUUUGGAAUUCAUUGGUGAAAUUACCGGAUUGGUAGAAAAAUCGGUCAUAAUAAAAGCAAAUAUCCUGGGUGAAUUUCGUGUUUUAAAAGAAGGCUCGAUCUUUUGUUUUGAAGAUCGUACCCUAUUGGGUCCUUUAUUUGAAACUUUUGGUAAAUUACAAUCUCCUAUUUACCGGGUUAAAUUUAAUAACGAAGAUCAAUUUUCUAAAUUUAAAGAUAAAAAAGGUGCCAAAAUUUACUAUGUUGUUCCAGAAUCACAAUUCUUAUACACUGAUUCAAUUAAAAAU